ACCCUGAGCUCCAGUCCAGGCUGGCGGGCAGAGGACUGAGGACAGGACACUCCAGAAUCAGGAGCCUCCCCUUAGGAGACAGGACCCUGCACCCACAGCAGCUGCCUCAUUUCUCCAGAAGUUUGGCACACCCGGCUGGCACAAUGCGCUUGGUGGUGAUCGGAGCGGGCGUCAUUGGGCUGUCCACCGCCCUCUGCAUCCACGAGCGCUACCACUCGGUCCUGCAGUCGCUGGACUUGAAGAUCUACGCAGACCGCUUCACCCCGCUCACCAACACCGACGUGGCUGCUGGCCUGUGGCAGCCCUACCUCUCCGACCCCGGCAGCCAGCAGGAGGCGCAUUGGAACCGGCAGACCUUCGACUACCUCCUGAGCCACAUCCAUUCCCCCGAUGCUGCAAACAUGGGCCUGGCCCCGAUCUCGGGCUACAACCUCUUCCAUGAAGCUGUUCCGGACCCUUCCUGGAAGGACAUAGUUCUGGGAUUUCGGAAGCUGACACCCAGGGAGCUGGACAUGUUCCCCGAUUACAGCUACGGCUGGUUCAACACAAGCCUGACUCUGGAGGGGAGGAGGUAUCUGCAGUGGCUGACUGAAAGGUUAACCGAGCGGGGAGUGAGGUUCUUCCAGCAGAAGGUGGAGUCUUUCGAGGAGGUGGCAAGAGGAGGCGCUGAUGUGAUUAUCAACUGCACCGGCGUGUGGGCCGGGGCGCUGCAGCCGGACCCGCUGCUGCAGCCAGGCCGGGGGCAGAUCAUUAAGGUGGAUGCCCCUUGGAUGAAGCACUUCAUCAUCACCCAUGACCUAGACAGAGGCAUCUACAAGUCCCCGUACAUCAUCCCAGGGAUCCAGGCAGUGACUCUUGGAGGCAUCUUCCAGCUGGGGAACUGGAGCGAGGUGAACAAUAGUGAAGACCACAACACCAUCUGGGAAGGCUGCUGCAGACUGGAGCCCACACUGAAGGAUGCCAAAAUUGUUGCUGAAUUGACUGGCUUCCGGCCAGUACGCCCCCAGAUUCGGCUAGAGAGAGAACAGCUUUGCUUCGGGUCUUCAAACACAGAGGUCAUCCACAACUAUGGCCAUGGAGGCUACGGGCUCACCAUCCACUGGGGCUGUGCCCUGGAGGCGGCCAAGCUCUUUGGCGAGGUCUUGGAAGAAAGGAAGUUGCUCAGGAUGCCACCAUCUCACCUCUGAUGAUGCCAAUGACCACCGCCCCCCCACAAGGACUUCCCGCUUUCCUCGGCCAACUAACUAAUCGAUGUGCUUCUCUCUAAGUCAGCGGUUCUCAACCUGUGGGUCGCGACCCCUUUGGCGGUC